UACGUAACGUAGAUACUUGUGAUCACUUCAUCGCGGUGGUUGUGCCAAUUUAAUUUAUCUCUGAAUAGUAGUAACGAGAAAUUACUAAGUCAUUUUAUUUUUAAGAUGACUAUCCGCUGGGGUAUUGUCGGUUCGGGAAAGAUAUGUCAAGAUUUCGUCAAUGCUAUAAACUCAUAUCCAAAAAAGGGAGAUAUGGUGGUGUCAGCAGUAGCUGCACGGGAAAAUUCAAGAGCAGCGGAGUUCGCUAAAUGCCAUAAUAUUUCCAAAGUCUUUGGAUCAUACGCCGAAAUGGCCGAAAGUAAAGAAAUUGAUGUUGCGUACGUUGGGGCUCUUAAUCCCUACCACUACGAACUCUCAAAACUAUUCCUCGAAUCCGGUAAACAUGUCGUUUGUGAGAAGCCGUUAUGUUUGAAUUAUAAGCAAAGCGAAAGCUUGAUAAAAAUUGCUAAAGAGAAAAACCUCUUUUUAAUGGAAGGAGUUUGGUCACGCUUUUCUCCAUUGUAUAUAAGUCUGGAAAAUGAAAUAGAGUCAGGUAAACUAGGAAAAAUACUGUUCGUUGAAGUAAACUUAGGACACCCUAUCGCAAACAUUGGUCGUAUCAGUAAAAAGGAAUUGGGGGGCAGUGCCAUACUUGAUAUGGGUGUGUACGCCCUACAAUUCGCACAGUUCAUUUUCAAAGACGAGCCAAUUAAAGUGACUGCUGUUGGUGAAUUAAAUGAAGAUGGAGUGGAUUUAGUGGACACAGUCGUUCUCGAAUACUCGGAAAGCAGACGUGCUGUACUUAACAUACAUUCGAAAGUGAAGUUGUGGAACAAAGCUACCGUAGUCGGCACUCUGGGAAGAUCUACGAUCGAAGACCCGUUCCACUUCCCGAACCAAUUGACGCACGUCAAUGGUACCGUAGAGAAUUUCUGCUUGCAUACAUCACCGAAUGAAUAUAACUUCCAAAACAGCGCCGGGUUAGUUUACGAAGCUAUUGAGGUAUCCAAUUGUAUUAGAAAUGGUUUAUCAGAAUCGACAAGAAUGACUCACAAGGACAGCCUUAUACUCUCCAAACUAAUGGACGAAGUUCGUAAACAAGUUGGAGUGCACUUAGACGUCGACGAUAAAAACUUUUGAGUGUAUAUCGCAUGUGAAAUAUAAUUUCACAAUUAUUUUAUUAUCAUAAUAAGUUAUUUGUAUUUGUUAAAUUUCAUCAUAUUAUUCUAUUCGAUAUUUAUAAAAUUUCGAUAUCCUAAUAUACACCUAAAUAAUUAACCAACCACUUCCUAAAAAUUUUGGCUGAAUAAUCAGAAGUGAGUAGACCAUAAGGGUGCGAUCCGGCAUAUUUUCCGGAUCCGGUACAAUUUUAUAGUACUAAGCUGUUUAUAGCAUGAGGAGUAUACGUGAACUUUAGGGUGAAUUAAAACUCUUUAAUUCCGUUAAUUUAUGAUUCACAAUUUAAAACUCCAGUUAUUUUGUCCAGGUAAACUUUGUACCACCUAAAGUUGAUUUCAUGAUAACCAUAUCUGAAAGAUAGUUAUCGCAGAAUACACAAGUUACAAUUAAUAUUUAAUGAUGCAACUGUCAAACAAUAAAUGCCCCACAAACGCCAUCUAUUGAAAGUUAUCCGAAGCGGUAAUUCCCUCACAGAAUUGCUGAUUUUGAUUUUUGGGCUGUUCUGUUAGAAUUAGUUAUUUAUUAUGAGUUCCCUGGAAAUCUUAAUUGGUUUAGUUUAUAAUAUUUAAGUUCUUAGUUAUUUUUUUCUGUUAUUAUAUUUUU